AUGGGGGUCCCAUUCCUGACGGACAUUGCCCUGUGUGCGGUUGUGGACGCCCUUCUGAACGGCACGCUUUGCCCUGGUUGGUAUGUGGAGGAUGCUCUCAUAACUAGGCUCUGGACGGAGUAUCGGCGGAGGGAACAGUUGCGGCGGAACCGCAGGAACGUUCACCUGCACAGUCAGAACGACUGUGUUGGUGCUGCCAGGGAGAGGGAGGCAUACCUGCAGGCACUGAAAGGAUUUGCACUGCACUGGCAUUUUACAAGGCUUCAAUUGACUAGUCCACCAGGCCGCAUUGCUCGAAUGGACAGGUUGUGGUUCUUUGGGAGCAACCUGGUCCACAUGGAGGCCUCCAUUCCGACACUGUCAGAUUUGACGUGGGUUGCUUUUGUGCCUAAUUUGACCUGUCUGUCUUUGAGGGGUUGCCAAAACCUCCUUCCCUCUGAGCUUGUCAAACUGUCGCACCUCCGCUCGCUGCAGGCUCUGGACAUGCAGGGGCUGAGCGGCAUAGACCAGACGUCAGGCAGGGCCCUGGCCUCUCUGGCCUUCCUCAAAUCCCUCAACCUUGGGGACACCGACGCCGACGACACCUUGGUGGAAUGCCUGACGUACGGCAGGAGGCUGGCCAAUUGGUGCGCGGGUGCCCACGGUGACGUAUGCAGCGCCGGGGGUGACGAAUGGCCGCCGAGCCAGGUCUCCUUGCUGCGCCUGAACAGGACCAGGGUCACAGAGCGAUGCGUCCAGUACCUGCUGGACUUGGAAACGCUCUUAUUCCUCGACUUGCGAGGCACGGGCAUUGUGCGUUCCAGGCUUGCGCCCCUGGAAAGGAGAUUUGGGCUGCGGCAGGUCCAAGGGGCUGUGCUGUCAACGUCCAGUGCGCUCGCCAGCCUUUACGUCACGAGGCAGGAGGUGGCCUGCGUGUGCCCGGCAUCGCGGGGGUCGGAGGACGGGAGGAGCAGCUGGGCGCAAAAUGGCGCCAGGGAACUGCUGUUGUCUUGCGUGGACCUGCCCUGA